CUCUCACUCACCCUCUCUUUCAUUUGCUCACAUUCUCUCACUUUCCCUACCAGGCUUCACACACACUGCAGGAUGUCGAUAGUGAUCAUUGUUGCCAGGGAGAUCCUGGACUCCAGGGGGAACCCCACAGUGGAAGUGGACCUGCACACUGACAAAGGUGUCUUCAGGGCAGCUGUGCCUAGCGGAGCGUCUACUGGCAUCUAUGAAGCCCUGGAGCUGAGAGACGGAGACAAAAGCCGCUACAAGGGCAAAGGUGUGCUCAAGGCUGUUGGUCACAUCAAUGACACCAUCGGUCCUGCCCUCAUCCAGUCGGAGGUCAGUGUGGUAGAACAGGACAAACUGGACAAGAUGAUGAUAGAGAUGGACGGCACUGAGAACAAGUCUCAGUUUGGGGCCAAUGCUAUUCUGGGUGUGUCUUUGGCCAUAUGCAAAGCUGGUGCUGCAGAGAAAGGUGUCCCCCUGUACCGUCACAUUGCUGACCUGGCAGGAAACACAGAGCUAGUGCUUCCAGUUCCUGCCUUUAACGUUAUCAAUGGGGGCUCUCAUGCGGGCAACAAGCUGGCCAUGCAGGAGUUCAUGGUACUUCCUGUAGGGGCGGAGUCUUUCAGGGACGCUGUGCGUGUGGGGGCGGAGCUAUACCAGACGCUGAGGGAAGUGAUCAAGGAGAAGUAUGGCCAGAACGCCACCAACGUGGGGGACGAGGGGGGGUUCGCCCCAAACAUACUGGAGAACACUGAAGCUCUGGAGCUGAUCAAGACAGCCAUUGAGAAGGCAGGUUUCACAGACAAGGUGGUGAUUGGGAUGGACGUGGCAGCCUCUGAGUUCUACAAAGAGGGCAAGUACGACCUGGACUUCAAGUCUCCGCCCAACGCAGACCGCCACAUCAGCGCCCAAGAGCUCUGCGACAUGUACCAGGGCUUCGUCAAUGACUACCCAGUGGUGUCCAUUGAGGAUCCGUUUGACCAGGAUGACUGGCCGGCCUGGUCCCAGAUGACAGCCUCCGUGGGUAUCCAGGUGGUGGGGGACGACCUGACCGUCACCAACCCCAAGAGGAUAGAGCGCGCCCUGGAGGAGAGGGCCUGCAACUGCCUGCUGCUCAAAGUGAACCAGAUCGGCUCUGUCACCGAAGCCAUUCAGGCGUGUAAGUUGGCUCAGGAGAAUGGCUGGGGGGUGAUGGUGAGCCACCGCUCAGGUGAGACAGAGGACACCUUCAUUGCUGAUCUGGUGGUGGGCCUCUGCACUGGACAAAUCAAGACUGGAGCUCCCUGUCGAUCAGAGCGGCUGGCCAAAUACAAUCAACUCAUGAGGAUUGAGGAGGAGUUAGGGGAUCAGGCUCGCUUCGCAGGGCACAACUUCCGGAACCCCGCCGCCCUCUAAGACUCCUCUGGGCUGACGGACACUGACACAGAAUCCCAGACACACAUCACUGCAGGGCACAGAUGGACUGACAGAUGUCCACAGACAGAGAUACAUAACUACCUACAAUGAGUCCUUUAGACAGAUAGGUCAGACAGACAUAUUUAAUUUAACCUUUAUUUAAAUAGGCAAGUCAGUUAAGAACAAAUUCUUAUUUUCAAUGACGGCCUAGGAACAGUGGGUUAACUGCCUGUUCAGGGGCAGAACGACAGAUUUGUACCUAGUCAGC